UGUACUGCAUUGGAUGACAGAAGGUUUUAGUUUUCCCAGAUCUGGAAUUUGGGAUUAAGUGGCAAAAUACUGGAAUAUCAACUGUUCAUAUCAGGAAUCCUGCUUUAGGAAGUGACAGAAAAGGAUUACUGAAAGAAAACUGGAGCUUUAGGAAAGCUGAUGCCUUGAUGGUGAGUGGUGGGACAGCAAUGAAUCCCAAACCCUCUCCCUGAGGUCAGACUGAAAAGAAGAGUUCACCUGGCCACAUCUCCCAGGUCCCAGUGUGCUCAUGCGGUGGUCCAUGCUAGCCCUGCUGCUUCUGUUCUGCAGCCACACACUGUCCCUGAAGCCAGGUGACGUCUGCCCCCUGAGCAGCGAACGCGAGCAGGGCAGCACCAGGGCAGCCGACGCUGCGCCUGCUGUGGAUCCCAAGCUUUUCAGCAAGAGGCGCUACCGUUCACCCCGUGUGCUCUUCAGUGACAGGCCACCUGACUCGGAGCCCCAGGGGUCAAAGGGGCGGUUGAAGCGGCGAGUGGGGCAGCCCCAGCACCGCGGUGUCUACUCCGUGUGUGAGAGCGUCAGCUUCUGGGUGGGUAACAAAACCAAGGCGACGGACAUCUCAGGCAAUGAGGUCACCGUGCUGCCUGACGUCAACAUCAACGACGUCAAGAAAAAGCAGUAUUUCUUUGAGACGACAUGCAGCGAGGCGAGAGCUGCUGGCUCAGGCUGCCUGGGCAUCGACGGACGCCACUGGAACUCAUAUUGCACCAACUCCCACACAUUCGUUCGAGCAUUGACUUCUUUUAAGAACCUGGUGGCUUGGAGACUUAUCAGGAUCAACGUGGCCUGUGUGUGUGUGCUCAGCCGCAAGUCCUGGAGACAGUGACAGUCUGGCUUCCAUGCCAGUAACACCUACUUGAGGAAAAGGCUGUCUCUCAUGAUGAUGUCAUUACUUGAGUGAUAUUUGAUACCUGUCA